CUAUAAAUAAAUGUUUACAAUAUCAAGUAAGAGCAUUUGAGUAGGAGGCACUCGGAUAUCUGGUAGCAAGUUUUCUUCGCUUCGAUGAUAAACCAUAAUGACGAACGUUUUGAAGAAAGAGAAAUUUUUAUGCUGUCGCUUCAUUGGUUUAGUACUUCUGGUUAUGCUGUAUCCAAAAUUCAGUUCUGCAAAACAAAAUGGAAGCGUGGUCUCCGGGUCAGUGCUGGCAAAAUUGUUUUCUGAUUAUGAUCAAGUUGUGAGACCUGGUUAUGGAGGAGAUGCUAUCGAGAUCUUUGCAGAUCUCUACGUUGAAUCAUUUGGAAAUAUACAAGAAGUAAAUAUGGAAUUUAAGGUGUUUGGAUAUUUACGACAGCAAUGGAAAGACGGGAGGCUUUCUGGGAAGCUUAACAAGACUCUAACCAUAAAAGGCGAAACCAUCGGUCGAAUGUGGUUACCAGACCCUUUUUGUUAUAAUGCACGCGAUUCCAACUUAAUGCAGCCAGAUUCUGAGGUCCACAGCAAAGUUUCAAUAGACGUCCACGGAAACGUUCAUUACACAAAAGGGGUGACUUUCCUGGCAUCUUGUGAGAUGGAUCUGCGUCAUUUUCCAUUCGAUUCUCAGGAAUGUUUUCUUAAAAUUGGAAGCUAUGCUUAUUCAACGGAAGACAUCAUUUAUAAGUGGAAAUACCAAGAGGUCGAAGUGGAAGCCAAGUCGAUGGCGCAGUUUGAUUACUGCAGUGCUUCUUUAUCGUCAUCUUUUGACAUGUACAAAACAGGAAACUUCUCUACCAUCACUGUGGCAUAUUACUUUAAGCGUCGCAUGGGCUAUUACCUCAUACAGGUCUACUUUCCAGAUAUCUGCGUUGUUGCCCUGAGUUGGAUUGUCUUCUGGAUGGAUAAAAAUGACAUGGGCAACAGAAUGGCUUUGGGAAUCACCACCAUAUUAACCAUCAUGUUUCUUCUUGGUUCUCUUAAUGGCACAUUGCCAAGAGUCAGUUAUCCCAAGGCUUUGGACUGGUAUCUAUUGGUGUCUUUUUCUUUCGCGUUCUUGUCGCUGGUUGAGUGUAUGAUCGUGUUCGUGGUUUGGCUAAGCUCUAACAAACGAAAGGCGAAAAAGGAAAAGGAAGACUCUUCAAAUUCAAAGUCACCAUCAACGGUUAAAGUAACAUUUCAUGGCGGAAAACAUGACACUCGAAUUGACGACAAGGAAAGUCAUGUAUGUCUCCCAAACAUCGAUGGCAUUGUGAAGGAAGAUACAUCAUUUUUAGGUCACGAAAAGUCUCCAAAAUUGUAUGAUGCCGCUGAUUUAAUUGACAAAUUCUCACGGGCCUUGUUUCCGAUGGUCUUCCUGAUCUUCAACAUUGGAUACUGGUGUUAUUAUUCACUUGCUUAAAUGAUACUUAAUAAGCUUAUUGAAAUCAAGAAUCUAAAUUACAGGCCACGGUGCGACUGUUAAUUACGAAGGAUUGAUAAAUACCAACAAAUCAAAGCUCGUCACUUUAAAGCCCGAGGGAACCUAGCCUAGUAUUUUAACAUCUUGUAAUGUUUGUAUUGUAAGUAGUACAAGCUUAAUUGACAAAGAAAUAUGAUGUUACGCUGAUUUUAAAUAAUACGUGGUAAUGUUACCUUGAAAUACUGAAAGUAUCGUCAGAAGUGAAUACAAGCUGCGAUAUCGUA